AUGGAUGGCUCCAGGAGAGAGAGAGUAUCAGGAACCGGAUUUUAUGACAGUGCGAGGAGAAGGGAAGUGGUGGUUGCGCUUGGGAGACAUGCUACUAUCCUCCAGGCGGAGGUCCAUGCCGUUCUUCGUUGUGCUGAGAUACUUUUAGAGGAGAACGCGGUUGGAAGAAAGAUUACGAUCUGUUCGGACAGCCAAGCAACCCUAACUGCAGUGGGAAAACCAGAUAUAACAUCACAGCUGGUUUGGGAAUGCAAAAAAGCAUUGAACAAACUUGCAGAAAAAAGUGAAGUGGCUUUCAUAUGGGUCCCUGGCCACACAGGAAUCAAGGGCAACGGGAAAGCGGACCAGCUGUUAAGAAUCGGUGCGGCAGGUGAAUACAUAGGGCCGAAAAAAGUACUGGGACAAGCGUUUUGCUGCAUUGGCCUUACUAUCAAAAGCUGGAUCCGCACUAAGCACCGAGAAUACUGA